AUGAAGUUCCUCAAGGUCGGCAGAGUCGCCAUCAUCACCCACGGCCGUUACGCCGGCAAGAAGGUCGUCAUCAUCCAGCCUGUCGACUCUGGCAACAAGGCUCACCCCUUCGGCCACGCCCUGGUCGCCGGCAUCGAGCGCUACCCCUCCAAGAUCACCCGCCGCAUGUCCAAGACCCGCCAGGAGAAGCGCAACAAGAUCAAGCCCUUCGUCAAGCUUGUCAACUACAACCACUUGAUGCCCACCCGCUACACUCUCGAGCUCGAGGGCCUCAAGGGCGUCGUCAGCAACGACACCUUCAAGGAGGUCACCCAGCGUGAGGAUGCCAAGAAGCAGGUGAAGAAGGUUCUGGAGGAGCGUUACACGAGCGGAAAGAACAGAUGGUUCUUCACGCCUCUGAGUCGGGGAGUUGGGCUGGCUUGUAAAGAGCAUCAAUUGGCAUCUGAGGUCCUCGGUUUAAGGGCUCCCAAUGAGAAACCAUUGAAAUCCAAGACGUUUGCCCUGUGA